AUGUGGACUGCUAAAAGUCUUUGUAGUGCUCAAAUACUGUUGCUUCGGUUGAAAGAAGGCGGAUUGUGUAGUUGCACGUUUCCAAAAACUCAGCAGUUCUGGAUUGGAAUUCUAAACUAUUGCACCAUAAAAGCGCCACAUAACAGAGUUAAAUUCCAGGUUUCCAAGGUAAAUGAUAAACGAUCAGUAGUAGAUACAAGAAUGGCUUCUAGUGCAGAGGGAACUAAAAUAGCUUCUGGAAAAAGUCCCAGUGGAGUAUGUGAUGGAAGCCAACAUUCUUUAGAAGCAAAAAUGAAACAUAUCAAUCUGUCAUUUGCAGCCUGUGGGUUUCUGGGAAUUUACCACUUGGGGGCAGCAGCUGCUUUUUACAGGCAUGGUAAGAAGUUACUGAAAGUUGUGAAAGCUUUUGCGGGAGCUUCAGCGGGAUCACUGGCUGCCACUGUCUUAUUAGCAGUACCAGAAAAUAUAGAGAAGUGUAAGCAGUUUGCCUAUGGAUUUGCAGAGGAAGUUAGAAAACUGGACUUCGGUGCUGUAACACCUGGUUAUGAUUUUAUGAAAACACUUAGGGAAGGCAUAGAGUCUAUUCUUCCUUCUAAUGCUCACGAGAUAGCUGAGAACCGGCUCUAUGUCUCAGUCACGAACACCAAAAAUGCAGAAAAUCACUUGGUUUCAAGUUUUGCUUCCAGGGAGGACCUCAUUAAGGUCCUGCUAGCAAGUAGUUUUGUACCAGUAUACGCAGGAAUUAAACCGGUGGAAUAUAAAGGAGAGAAGUGGGUUGACGGUGGCCUUACCAAUGGCCUUCCUAUCUUGCCUGUUGGAAGAACUGUUACGAUUUCUCCUUUCAGUGGUCGAUUAGAUAUCUGUCCCCAAGAUAAAGGACGUGUGGAUCUUUAUGUUAAAUUUGCAAAACAAGAUAUAAUGCUGUCUCUAGCCAACCUAGUAAGACUUAAUCAAGCUUUGUUCCCACCAAACCAGGAGAAAAUGGAAUCAUUGUACAAAAAUGGAUUUGAUGAUGCUGUACGCUUUUUACUGAAAGAAAACUGGUUUGAGUAGACGGUACUGAGAAAAAUAACAAAACCUCAUGGCUGUCAAAACACAGCUGUAGGUAUCCUACAGAAUCUAAGGAUUGCUGUACCAAUUCCAGUUUACAGAAAUAAAAAUCCCAAUGGAAUUGCAUCUGCUUCUGCCGAGAAAGUAUCGGUUGCACUCCGAAGUCCUGUAUAGACAAGUCAAAAUGGAAUUGUACUUGCCUGGUGGUUGUCUUGUUUUGAGGAGGUUAAAGCUUAGAUGCGUUUUGCUUCAGCUGAGGACUUGCUUUGUGGGAUUUGUAAAAAGCUCGUGUUGUCAU